AUGUCUUAUAACACGCCUUCGAUUUCGAGCGUGACAAGUUUUGGCGCGAUUGAGUCCUUCAGCGCCCUACAGAGGGUGCCGGCUCUGCUGACCCGGUUUGAACCACCGGAACACUGCUCGACGGACUGGUAUUGGGAUACGGGUGCCUUGUGGUCUUCCAGCACAGCCUUCAGCAAUGACGCGCACAACACCAAAUGGUCUACUUGCCAGCCGUACAACGCGACCAGGGCCACCUACUCGGCUGGAAUCUGUCCUCAGAAGUCCGAGUUCAAGACUGUGACACAAAUAUCGUGGGAUGGGGUCUCCGAGUCAUAUUAUCUGGGCGCGUGCUGCGGCAGCACUGCGACGCUUCGGUCAUAUCAGAGUGCCGAUGCGUCUAAUUUGCAAGGCUGCUUCAUUACGGUCACACAAAGCAGUGUCGUGGCCUCGAUGAUCCAGGAGAAUUCGCUAACUACUGUGCUGACUUCCGCCGGGCCUGUGACAGUCAUCGCCGAGCCUCUUUACAUGGUCUGGCACCAAAAUGAUACGUCGCUACACCCAGAGUCCGACGCAAACUCGCUUCGCGCUGCCAUGGGCAUGCCAGUGAUGUCCUCGGCGGUUACCGCGAUACCGACUGCAACGGGCACCGCAGACGACUCUGAAACGUCACCCAGCAUCCCGACGGGCGCUAUCGCAGGAAUCGCAGUGGCCUUUGCUUUAUGUCUGAUGGCGAUAGGGGCAUUAGCAUUUCUAGCUUUCAGGCGACGAUGGAAAGCGAAGGAGCCUGCGCAAAAUUACACAUGGGCGGGCCAGGGGCCAGGGAAUCGGCAGGCAUGGAACAGCAGCGAGCUAGAUGGGCGCCAGGCGCCACAGGAGAUGCCUGACUCAGUCAUCAAACCGUCCUCUUUUGUCGAAAUGUAUGCCAUUCCAAGUGCUGGAAGUCGCACGCCUAUCACCACACCCACCACGCCCAUUGCAUUGAGAAGGGGCAAAGAUGAUGAUUUUGGAGUAGAACAGAAGAUGUUACUUCAAUAA